UGUCGUACUUAGUACUAGAAGCAAGCAACCAAAUUAUUUCAGGGAAGAAGAUAAGCACCAUUAAUCAGCACUGCCCCGGGCGCCCGGCCCCUCUCCCGCGCGGGCUCCCCACGUUUACCAAACCGUGACAAAAGUCCGCCAUGCCGGAACCACCACGACCGUGCGCCGUUCCGCGUUAUAAACCGCCUCCCGCGGCCCAGCCCCACAGAAACCCCCUAAGCCAGCCAAGGCAACCUCCCUCUGCCCGCCCCAGACGGAGACGCACACGCUCACGAGGUCCGUGCGCUCCCUCGAUCGCAUGGCCGCGCCGGCGAUCAGCCUCCGGCGCGCGGAGCUGUGCGCCGCCGCCGUGUCGGCCGCGGACGCGGCGUCGUGGUGGUGCGCGGUGGCGCUCGUCGCGCUCGUGCUGCUGGGCGCGCUCAGCGCGGAGACCGCGGACGGCGACGGGGAAGGCGCCGCGGCGUACUUCCGCGGCCCGCGGCUCGGCGGCGCGGCGGCGCGGCCGUGCGACGAGGUGUACGUGGUCGGGGAAGGCGAGACGCUGCACACCAUCAGCGACAAGUGCGGCGACCCGUUCAUCGUGGAGAGGAACCCGCACGUGCACGACCCCGACGACGUCUUCCCGGGGCUCGUCCUCGCGCUCCGGCCGACCAAGAACACCUAGGCCUUGGCCGUCUGACAUGCUGCUGCUCCGUGCGCGCGCGCCGGGGUGAGCGCGGAGACCUCGAAGAGUUCUGCUGUGCCCCCUGCGCUGCUUCUUUUCCUUGGUUGCUUUGAUCCUUUCCUUGUCAACUGCCCAUCUUCAUCUUGAUGAAGUUUCUUAUGAGAGGGGAGAAAAUGGCAACUUGUAUAUAUUAAGAGGAUGUUGAGAGUUUUAUAUGAGUACAAAUUGAGUUGAA